GAAGUGCCUGCUCUCUGCUUCCACAUGGCUGUAGGAAAGAACUCAGAGUCUGGAGAUAGUAAAAAACGUAAGAAGAGUAAAAGUAAUAAACCGGAGGAGAAGGAUGCGGCGAGCGGGAUCAGUCAGCAGCCCGGGCCCAGCGGCGGGGAGCAGCAGCAGCCGGCCAGUCACUUCCCUCCUACGUUCUCCGUGUCCGAGAUCAAGAACAAGCAGCGCAGACAGUUCAUGUUCAUGAAGCUGAAGAUGGAGAGGAGGAAGGAGAAGCUCGCUCUAAGGAAGAAGCGGAAGAAGGAGAGAGAGGCCCUCGGGGACAAGGCUCCACCAAAAGCUGUUCCCAAAACCAUUGAAAAUCAACGAGUCCCUGAUGAAACCACAGUUGAUCCCGAGGACGAGGAGGUGGCUUAUGAUGAAGCUACAGAUGAGUUUGCACCUUAUUUUAACAGGCAGACAGCACCCAAGAUCCUUAUCACAACAUCUGACCGGCCCCGCGGUCGUUCAGUACGGUUUACAGAGCAGCUGAAUUCCAUUAUACCCAACUCGCAUGUGUAUUACCGGAGGGGUCUCGCGCUGAAGAAGAUUAUCCCACAAUGUAUAGCAAGGGACUUCACAGACCUCAUUGUCAUCAAUGAAGACCGUAAAGUUCCAAAUGGGCUUGUCCUCAGCCACUUGCCUGAUGGACCCACAGCUCACUUUAAGAUGAGUAACGUGCGUCUUCGCAAAGAAAUCAAGAGGAAAGGAAAAGAUCCAACAGAGCACCAACCUGAAGUCAUCCUAAAUAACUUCACCACUCGUCUCGGUCACUCCAUUGGUCGCAUGUUUGCCUCCCUAUAUCCACACAACCCCCAAUUUACUGGAAGACAGGUGGCAACUUUCCACAACCAGCGGGAUUACAUCUUCUUUAGAUACCACAGAUACAUUUUUAAGAGUGAAAAGAAAGUGGGAAUUCAAGAGCUUGGACCACGAUUUACGUUGAAGCUGAGGUCUCUUCAGAAGGGAACAUUUGAUUCAAAGUAUGGAGAAUAUGAAUGGGUUCAUAAGCGACAUGAAAUGGACACAAAUAGAAGAAAAUUCCACCUAUAAGACUUUUCAUCCUUUGCUUGAAAGCUUCAACCAUCUGUAAUAGAAGGAGACCAGCAGCUUCCACUUGUCUAGAGCCCGAUUUAAUGGAAC